GUAAAUAAUAGACAAAACAGCUCUACCUCUAUUUCUCAAGGCAGUGUAGGAGCUUGUCUAAACAGAGGCGAGGUGUGAGCUCUUCACACAUUACAGCUGGCACACUUCUUUUACUACUGAGGGCUGCUGAGAACCCUAGGACUAUUGGUCAUGGAGAAUGAUGAGAUUCUGCUAAAGGCAGGCAUUGUAUUGAGUUAUGUAGAAAUAGAAUUGAAUAGACUUUGGGUGUUUAUAAUUAUUUGCAUAAUCUGCAUUCCAAAAAACAAAUAUGAAUAUUUUAUUUGCAAAAUAUUACCCAUAUUAAAAAAUAAAUCAAUACAAUCCUAUCCAUUACUGCCAAACUUAGUGAAUUGUGCAAUACAACAAUCGCUCCCACUAUGAAUGAUUGAACUUGAUGCAGACUUAAUUCUAAUCUGCCGGCUACCUCACACCUGGUUCUAGGAAGAUGUGUUUCCCAGGGUCCCCCUGCCUCUAGUGUGAUCUCUCCUCGGGCACUUUGAAGUCCAGGCAUCCUGAAUGGACCAUUGAAGGUGACACAUCACACCUCUGUCUGCAGGAUAAAUUGGGGAGCAGCUCUGAGGUGCCCCAGUACUCCUCACAACUUCUUCAAGGACUGACUGAACUGAAGAUCCCUGCUGCUCAGAAACACUGCAGUCAUGGACACCGCUGCCUUCUCCAAACUCUUGCUUCUUCAGGCUGGAGAUCAUCUGCUGGACAGUGAUGCCUUGCUGGAGCCUGGUUGUCCCACCUUAGACCCUGGUUACUACAGUGCCUGUAGUAGCCUAUCGCCUGCCUCCUCCAUUGACUCCUGCUGCUUCUCUCCCCCUUGUUUCCAGUGGGGAGCUGUUCAGGAGAAGGAGGCUGCAAACCCUUCAAGCUGCAUCAGCCAAGCUGCCAAAAGACAGGGGAAAGAAGAACUCCCAGCUCAGGAGAAGAGACGGUCUAGGUCAAAGUUCCCUGGGAAGAAGCGGGAGAGCGCCAGCGAGAGGGAGAAGCUGAGGAUGAGAGACCUGACCAAAGCACUUCACCGUCUCAGGACCUAUCUGCCCACCUCUGUGGCUCCGCCUGAACAGACUCUGACCAAGAUCGAGACCCUGCGCCUCACCAUCAGCUACAUCUCCCACCUGUCUGCCCAGCUGGGACUCAGCGAGGAUACCCCAUGUCUGAAAAGAAAAAUGGAUUUCACACCAUGCCAGUAUUCACAAGAUAUGCCACAAUGCCCCCAGGGCAGGUCCAUGUCUGGACAGUGGUGUCAAGAGAUACUGCAGGGCAACAUCCAGAGCAAUAAUCAAUACUGUCUGCCACUGGCCACAUCAUAUACCAACAACACAGAGCCACACAUGGAAACAGACUACCUAAUGCCAGAUGUUUCCUAUCAGGACAUGUCCUUAUAUCACAACCUUUUCCAGUGACAAGCUAGUUCAUUUAGCCUAUUUUCAAUGCUGAUUUAAGUGGUUGUUGGGUGAAUGCACCAGAAGAAGAUCAAAUCAGAGGCAUUGGACAAAAGAUCCCCUAAAUAUCUAAA